UCACCCCCGCCCGCCGCCACGCCCGUCUCGCUGCUGCCAUGGUAACCAUACGCGCACUUCACGGACUAACGGAAUCGUCGUAAUCGUUGGUACCGACCUGCGGCCCCUCACAUCACCCGGACCAAGGCACGUACUGUUCUCCGGGCGCGACGUUUAGAUCUGUGAACAAAGAUGAAUUUGGCUGAGAUUUGUGACAAUGCAAAGAAAGGGAGAGAAUAUGCACUUCUUGGAAAUUAUGACUCUUCAAUGGUAUAUUAUCAGGGGGUAAUACAGCAGAUUCAGAGACAUUGUCAGUCAGUCAGAGACCCAGCUGUCAAAGGCAAAUGGCAACAGGUUCGACAGGAGUUGCUAGAAGAAUAUGAACAAGUCAAGAGUAUUGUCAAUACCUUAGAAAGUUUUAAGAUAGACAAGCCCCAAGAUUUUCCUGUGUCAUAUCAAGAUGAACCAUUCCGAGAUCCUGCGGUUUGGCCUCCUCCCGUUCCAGCAGAACACAGGGCUCCACCUCAGAUAAGGCGCCCAAAUCGAGAAGUGAGACCCCUGAGGAAAGAAAUACCAGGAGUAGGGCCUCGGGGACCUGUAGGCAGAGCACACCCUAUAUCAAAGAGCGAAAAACCCACCUCCAGUAGGGACAAGGAUUUUAGAGCAAGAGGGAGAGACGACAAGGGAAGGAAGAAUCUGCCAGAUGGUGCAGGUGAUGGGGAAAUUCAAAAGUUUGAUGGUGCUGGAUAUGAUAAAGACCUAGUUGAAGCUCUUGAAAGGGACAUAGUAUCCAGAAAUCCUAGCAUUCAUUGGGAUGACAUAGCUGAUUUAGAAGAAGCAAAAAAAUUAUUAAGGGAGGCUGUUGUUCUCCCAAUGUGGAUGCCUGACUUUUUCAAAGGAAUAAGACGGCCUUGGAAGGGUGUGUUGAUGGUUGGACCCCCUGGCACUGGUAAAACUAUGCUUGCAAAAGCUGUUGCAACUGAAUGUGGCACAACAUUCUUCAAUGUUUCCUCCUCUACUUUGACAUCUAAAUAUAGGGGUGAAUCUGAGAAGUUGGUCCGCCUGUUGUUUGAAAUGGCAAGGUUUUAUGCUCCUACAACAAUCUUCAUUGAUGAGAUUGAUUCCAUCUGUAGCCGCAGAGGCACUUCUGAUGAACAUGAGGCAAGUCGAAGAGUCAAGUCUGAACUACUCAUUCAGAUGGAUGGGGUUGGAGGAGCUUUAGAAAAUGAUGACCCUUCUAAAAUAGUUAUGGUGUUGGCUGCUACCAACUUCCCGUGGGACAUUGAUGAAGCUUUGCGAAGGAGACUAGAAAAAAGAAUUUAUAUACCUCUACCGACAGCAAAAGGUAGAGCAGAGCUACUUAAGAUCAAUCUUCGUGAAGUUGAAUUAGAUCCUGACAUUCAGUUAGACGAGAUAGCGGAGAAGAUUGAAGGCUAUUCUGGGGCUGACAUAACGAAUGUUUGCAGGGAUGCUUCUCUAAUGGCAAUGAGACGGCGCAUCCAUGGCUUAAGCCCAGAAGAGAUACGAGCCCUUUCUAAGGAAGAGCUGCAGAUGCCUGUUACAAAAGGGGAUUUUGAGUUGGCGCUGAAGAAAAUCUCUAAGUCUGUGUCUGCUGCAGACCUAGAGAAGUAUGAAAAGUGGAUGCUUGAGUUUGGGUCUGCUUAAUUUUAAUGUUGUUUUCUCUUUGUUCUGUUAAGGAUCAUAUUUUGUUUGUAAAAUGCAAAAGGAAUUACUAGAAAUUUUUUAAAAGAUUUGAAUUUUUCAUAGGCGAGAUUCCUCUUUCAACAUCUUUUCAUUCAAAGGCAAAAAACACAAACUGUGAAGAAUAGAAGAUGCAGUUGAGGGAAAAGAAGAACUUCUGGAGAAAGUGAGAUCCUCUGGUGUGGUUGGGCCCUGGGCGGGUGUUCCCAGCUUUUAUUCCAUGACUUUCGCAUUGCUGGUCAGCUUGUCAAGGAGGGUGAGGUGGUUAAAGAAUUAACAAAGUAUUCUGUCUUGGAAGAAAACUGUUUACACUUAAUGUAGAGGCAACUGUCUUUCUAAUUCAUUUCUCUAUGCCUCAUGGAACUUAGGCAUUUCUCUUAACUACUUUAAAAGUACAUAGGGAACUAAUCUAACAAGUUAGUUUUUAAAAUAAGAAAGGUGUAUCAAGGUAGGCAAUCCAUAUUUUGUUGCUGAAAGAAGUUUCUGAGUCAGUUUUUGGUGGAAGCAGUGUGUUUCAAUCUCUAUCUUUGUUAUCUCUCCAAUGUAGGCUUCCCCUUUUUCUCAGAGCUUCUAAGUACCACAGCUAUAGCUUUGUUGGCUGUCCCUGCCAGAACAAUUUAACCAUUUUUAGGUCUGUUUUAGGUCUUUAGUUAGAAAUAUCUCUCCACACCCUGGUCUUUGAUUCGUCAGAUCAAGGGCACAUUCUCAUGUGCCCUUUUUUUGCUGGGGCUUAUCAAAUUGAAUAUGGAAAGGAUAUGAAGGAAAUUUUGAAUCCUUCAAACAUAAUAUGCAGUUAUUCUUAAUAUCUAGAUUUAUUUUUAUUUUCGUUUCUUUCAUUGUAUUUAGACAAAUACAUCCUUCAUUUUCCUCACUCCUACCAUUGUUUGAAUUCUGAUGUUAGAUUUUGUUUGGCAGUCUAAACUAUUCCAUCAUUUUCAUGAAUUGCCCACGUACAUUUGUGGCUAAAGCAAAAGUAUUACCUACCUCAAAGGGUUCUUGUGCUUUGUUAAGCCUUAAUGCUUUGUAUACAUGCGAGUUGUUAUUGGGAGUUUUUUUCUUUGCGGGGGAAGGGAAAGAUAACAAUUAAUACCUGUGUUUUUAUUGAUGUAGGGAACUUCUGGUGAGGAAAUUGCCUCUUCCAGUGCAGAUCUGCCUAUGUUUUCUAAUUUAUGGUUAGAAAGGUGCCGGGAGUCUCUGAGACAUUAAGUUAGUUUCCUAGGGUCAUAGAGCUGGUAUGUGUCAGAGACAGGAAUUGAACCCAGGGCUUCUUGGCUCUGUGUUUGGCUCUUUAUUCACUACACUAUGCUGAUUUUGACUUUUUUUUUUUGAUGCUAGCCCUACUCAAAUCAUCAAGGUAUAGAGGUGACCCUGAUUUUUCCCAGGCUAUGCUGGCAGAAUGGGGGCUAUGGCUAUUUGUUUCAAACUGGAAAGGCUUCAGGUACGGUCCCAGUGAGAGGCUUGACCUGCUGUCAAAGGCCACCCCAGCUCGGUGGAGAUAAGAAUUGUUUGGUUAUGGUGAAUCAUGGAGAAGAUUGACAUACAAAAUGGCUGUCAGGCCUGUGUGGCUCCCUUCUGCCUUUCUGAUCAGAUUAGUGGAAAACAGGGCAGAGAGUGCCAAGGAUCACAUAAUUCUUAGACUGUCUAUGCAUAAUCAUUUCACUCAUCAGUUGUUUUCAUCUGCAAUCCCUGCAGAUGACAAAGCAGUUGUUAGACUCCUACAAGAAUGGAACCACAUCCAUAUUGACAUUCUCACUGGCAGAAGGAAGUCGCAUCUGAAUGAAGGAGGAACUUGAGGUUCUUCUUGGAUUGUUCUUCAAGGGAGUUGACAGAUUUGGCUUUAUUUUUUGCCCAGGUAAUAAGAAAUGUAAUUUUGUGGAACACUUGGGUUUCUCACUUAUAAAUAAUACUCAUAAUAAACAUAAACAAGUAGACCACCAUGAAGUGAUAGAGAGAUUUCAUAAGGAACUUGACAAGAUUCUCCACAUUAAGUCAGUGUCCCUCUUGUUUCUUGGUAACUUCCGUGCAAAAGUAGGUAUAGGGGAAGAUGAUUAAAAGUGCUGGAAAAUAUGAUUCAGAUUCAAGAAAUGAAAGAGACCAACAAUCGAUAACUGAUUGGAAUCCUUGUGUUUCCACUUCAUGAAUAUAUUCUUCAAGAAGAGAGAUGUAACAUGACACAUGAUGCACACCAAAGAACCUGGAAAAAAUAAGAUUGACUAUCUCGUUUAACAGACAGAAAAUGCCUAGUUACUUGUCAGUCACUUUAGAAUCCCUUGUCUGUGAAUCAGCAAUAAUAUCAGCUAGUUAGAGGAAAGGAAAAAAUCAACAAGAAAUUAGAAAAAUGACAAGGAUGAAAAGGUAUAAUAUACAAUUCUAGUAGCUCCAACCUGAGUUGUUUAAACAGACUGUUGCCUGAAAAUAAAAAGGGCAGUGGUAAAAACUAAAGACAUUUACUCUGUUACCAUUCAUUGCAGAAGAUUAACUGAUACAAAAUAGUCACCAUAAUAAGAAAAACAAAAGAACCCAGAAAUAGUCUCAGCCAGGAAAAACUUAUCUCUUCGCUAAGUUGGGGGAAUAUGGCAGCUAAAGGCAACACCAUUUAGUGUAUUAGCCUGUCUGUAAAACACAGUGGAGAUGAUGAUGAAAGAACCUGAGUUGUUUAAACAAACUGUUACUUGAAAAUAAAAAGGGCAGUGGUAAAAACUAAAGACGUUUACUCUGUAUCACUUCAAAAUAUACCAAAAAUCAUUUGAAUUGGAAAAGGAGCCCAUGGGGAGCAUGGCAUUAGACCAAACUAUGCCAAAGAAAUCAUUUAAAAAGCAUUUGUUGAUGAAAAUGGAAGAACAAUAAAUAAAUGUGAAUUCAGAGA